CCAUGAACUUUGGCCGCGGUCCCUCGGUGGUGUUGAACGUCGGGGGUACCCGGUACUCCUUCUCCCGGGAGGUGCUGAAGGAUUUCCCGCUGCGCCGGGUGAGCCGCCUACACGGCUGCCUCUCGGAGCAGGACGUUCUGGAGGUGUGCGACGACUACGACCGGGAGCGGAACGAGUACUUCUUCGACAGGCACUCGGAGGCCUUCGGCUUCAUCAUGCUGUACGUCCGGCACGGCCACCUGCGCUUCGUGCCGCACAUGUGCGAGCUCUCCUUCUACAACGAGAUGAUCUACUGGGGGCUGGAGGGCUCCCACCUCGACUACUGCUGCCAGCGCCGCCUCGACGACCGCAUGUCCGAGACGUGCACCUACUACGCGGCGGAGGAGCCGAAUGGCGGCCCCGAGGGCAAGGGCCGGCGGCCACCGGGAGCCGAGGGCAGGAAGUGGCUCGAGAGGAUGAGGAGGACUUUUGAGGAGCCCACGUCUUCCGUGGCCGCCCAGGUCCUGGCCACCGUCUCCAUCCUCUUCGUCAUCGUGUCCAUGGUGGUGCUGUGCGCCAGCACCUUGCCCGAGUGGCGGGCGCCGGAGAAUCGCAGCGUGGAGGAGCAGAGCAGGUACACAGCAGAGUCAGUGAGGGAGCCCUCAGGGAUAAUUGAGGCUAUCUGCAUAGGCUGGUUCACUGCAGAAUGCAUUGUGAGGUUCAUCGUCUCAAAAAACAAAUGCGAGUUUGUCCGAAGACCUCUCAACAUCAUUGAUUUGCUGGCAAUUACUCCUUACUACAUCUCUGUUCUAAUGACAGUUUUAACAGGGGAAAAUUCACAGCUUCAGAGGGCUGGAGUCACCUUGAGGGUCUUAAGAAUGAUGAGAAUCUUUUGGGUGAUUAAACUGGCCCGUCAUUUCAUUGGCCUUCAAACACUUGGUCUGACUCUGAAGCGUUGUUACAGAGAGAUGGUGAUGUUACUUGUCUUUAUCUGUGUUGCUAUGGCAAUUUUCAGUGCACUUUCACAGCUUCUUGAAAAUGGGCUGGACUUGGGAACAAAGAAUAAGGAUUAUGCCAGCAUUCCUGCUGCUUGUUGGUGGGUGAUCAUCUCAAUGACCACAGUUGGUUACGGUGACAUGUGUCCCAUCACUGUACCAGGAAGGAUUCUUGGAGGAAUAUGUGUGGUUAGUGGCAUCGUUUUAUUAGCCCUGCCAAUCACUUUCAUUUAUCACAGCUUUGUGCAAUGCUACCAUGAGCUCAAGUUCCGAUCUGCUAGGUACAGUAGAAGCCUCUCUGCUGAAUUCUUAAAUUGACCCAACUUGCAUUCUGUUGUACUUACUUGCUAAGCUUUGUCUUAGAAGAGAAUGGUGGAAGGUCUCUUCGUGUGUCCUCCUUGACUGGAUGGUCCUGUGGAACAACAUUCUCACCAGCCUGGAGAAAGCCCGUCAUCAUUCAGACAGGAAGGAUGUCCAUCUGCCUUGAGCACCUUGCAAAGAGAGGGAGUGAUGUUUCAAAUUUGGAAGAACAAAAUUAACAAAAGAGGAUUCCUCAACCAGACCAGUUUGGUGUUCAGUUUGCCUUCCCACAAAAAAGCAGAACAAAAAAUGGGCAUAACACUGAGAUCUGUCAUUCUUGUAAUUAUAUCCUAAACCAUUCUAAGCAAUGUGUAGCAGAAGUUUUUCAAAGAUUCCAAUAUCUAAAUGCUUCACAGGGGCAUUGAUAGCUUCUUGCCUGAAGUACUUCCACUUUUGACUCAGAUAAACAAAUUAUAUGCUGAAGGAGAAUCACUGCUAUUUUUGUGCUUUGCAACAGAGUAGAGCUGGUUCUGUGACUCAGGAAAGGUGAAGAAUAUAGGUCUGUAGGACAAAAAAACCCUUGAGGCCUGAUUCUGAUCUUUGAGGAAGCACACAAACCUUCUGUAAACCCAGUGAAGUCAGUGGCAUUUCUCUGAAUUUGAGAGUUCACAAAGUGAACCUCCAAAUGUAAACAAGGACUUCUUUAGGUCACAGUAAUAUCUUCUCUGGAACCAAACUGUAAGUAGAAGCAAGUAUUGUACUUUACAAAGAUCAGCAUAAGAAAUCAGGGAUGGAUAUAUAUAUUUCCUGGUAGGUUAGUGGGGGAGCUCUCCAAAUUUUAUAUACAUUCAGCUCAACUCCAUCCACCUAAAAAUACAUACUCGUAAGCACAGAUUUUCCCUCCCUGACCUACUCCCUGCCCCACAUACCUUAAACAUAGAUACUGUAGUGAGACUUCUCUUAAGAUAAAUUGUAAGAUUCCAUUAUUUGAAGUAGCCUGGAGCAAGCACUAGAAAACAAGAACACCUGCUCCCUGUCAGAUGAGACUCUUCAUCAUCUUAAAUUCUGCAAUCCCUACUGAAGGAUAUACCUCAAUGGAAGUCUUUAAAACAACUGUAAAAAGCCCAGAGCAUACCAAAGAAAGUAAAAUAUAGACGUGAGUUGCACUUGGCAAAAUGGUGUAUUCUCCAAUGUUACUAGGAAAUUAAAAUUAAUCAAGUUGGGUUCUGAAAUAUUGUUGACUGCAUUUCUUUUGUAGUACUGCUUAAUAGUACUAUUCAAUCUAAUUCUGAAAGGCUGCUACAUAGAAGUGUGCAGUUAGAUACUAAAACACACUAAGGUACAGCUUUACGAAUUUGGGUACCAAUAAACAUCAGCGGGAGCUUUCGUGCUAACAUGAAAGUUCAGAGUCAUCAGCACAGCUGAAAUUUGUAUGCUUGCCUGAAAAUACUGCAUAUACUCUUACUAUGCUGUAGAGGCAUCUUUUAUAUAUGUAAUUGUGAAAGUCUUUAGAAGUGAAAUGAGUACCAUCUAGAAAACACACCCCUGGAAUUGCUCACUCAAAUAAACCUGCCCCAUUGAUCAGUAACUAGUACGCUGAAGGCUCUUCCCUGAGACCUGAAAGAGUCAUUAUCAUUUCAAGUGGUCUUAGUCUUAAGUAGUCUUAAAGAAUCACAUUGCAAUCACAAUUUUUCUGAAGACCUGGAAAGAAUUUUAGUAGCUUUCUUACAGACAAGCUUGACUUCCCUUCAAGACUCCAUUGCUAAGUGCUGUUACAGCCAUACCUCUGUUUCUUGCCACUGGUGUGUUCAAAGGUUAGCUCUGUAGUUCCCUAUAUUACUAUAUUUAUGCCUUUUCUACCAAAAAUCACGUUGCUCAGAAACCUGCUCCAGCAUUCCACAGAGAGGUGAAUAUGAGAUCAGCAAAAAUUUCUUUCUUAGGUGAGAUUCACAGCUGAUGUUAGUUAGGCAAGUUGUGACUUCAGAGACACUUAGAUGUUUCACAGCAGUGGAGAUGCUGGCUCUGUAUUCCUGCAUGUGUACCUAUAUAUAUCCUGCAUAUAUUAUAUAUUAUAGUCAGUUGAAAUGUUUGGGGUUUUUUUAUUCCUCACAAAAAAUUUCCUCAACAAAAUUAAAAUUUCAGACUUUAAUCCAAACAUAGA